GCGGGAAAGAUCGACCAUUUCCCAACAGUGGUAUCAGAGCCAGGUUCACUUGAAACCGUCAUUAGCUCGUGCAGUUCAAGAUGGAGGACAACGUCACUCAUGAUGGAGACAUGUUCAAGCUCACGGCCAACAACUACUCAUAUUGGAAAGCGAUGAUGGAAGACCAUCUAUACUGCAAGGAUUUGCAUGAGCCCAUCAUCUACAAAGACAAGGUCGAAGGCAAGAGCGAUGCUCAAUGGGAGCUACUCAAUCGCAAGGCCGUUGCAAUGAUCCGUAAGUACAUUGAUAAGACUCUCUUCGAGCAUGUUUCUACGUACACAAAUGCUUAUGAGUUAAGAACAAAGCUUGAGUCCAUGAUUCAAAAGAAAACGCCUCGUAACAAAGCCAAUUUAGUUCGACGGUUGGUGAAACUAGAGUACAAGGAUGGCCAAAGUAUGAUUGAGCACUUGAACAACUUCACGGGGCUCGUAAAUCAGUUAACAAAAGUUGAUAUGAAGAUUGAUGAUGAGUUGCAAUCCCUUCUACUCCUUAGUUCCUUGCCGGAAAGCUGGGAUACACUUGUGGUUACCCUUAGUAACUCAGCUCCGGAAGGAAAGCUCACCAUGGAUACCGUUAGUGAUAGCCUUCUUGGAGAAGAAGCAAGGAGAAUGGAACGAGGCGAGCCCACCUAUUCCGAGGCCAACAUUAUUGAGAAGCAGAGUAGGCAUGAAACUCGGGGACGUAGCAAGAGCCGAGAUCCACAUCAAUCUCGAGGUAGAUCCAAGUCACGCUCAAGGAUUACUUGCUACUACUGUGGAAAGAUAGGCCACAAGAAAACUGAAUGUCGAUCCCUGAAGAGAGAUCAAAAGGCAAGUAACAUCAAGCCAGACCAGAUCGGCCCAACGAAGAAGCAAGAAGAGAAGAGUACUACAGCUGUAGUAUCAAGAGAAGAUCUGCUCUUUUUUGUUGGAGAAGGUAAUAUCCUAAACAUAGCUUGUGAUGAAAGCUCUUGGAUUAUAGACUCCGGUGCUUCCUUCCUUGUUACUCCACAUAGAAGUUUCUUCUCAUCCUACCAAAGUGGUGACUUUGGUACGGUACAAAUGGGAAAUCAAGAUAGGAGCAACAUCGUCGGGAAAGGAGACAUCAUCUUGGAAACAAGUACCAGAUGCAACCUUGUAUUAAAAGAUGUGAGACAUGUCCCGGCUAUGCGCCUGAAUCUUAUCUCCGCUGGAAAACUAGACGAUGUCGGUCUGGUGAAUUACUUUGGUGAAGGAAAGUGGAAGCUCACCAAAGGAAGUUUAAUUAUGGCUUGAGGAAAGAAGGAAGGAUCAUUGUAUGUGAUGCAAGCCAAGCUUUGCAAAGGCGAGAUAAAUUUUACUUAUGAUGAUAUGGAGGUAUGGCAUAAAAGACUUGGGCACAU